AUGGAGGAUGUAAGGGAUGGAGAUUUGAGGGUACCUUUAAUCUCCUCUCUCUUCUUCGUUUUGGUAAUCAUCGGUGGUAUUUUCCUCACUUUCUACGUUUUUCUACCCAGCAUCGCCCAGCCAUGGUUUCCUGUAGUUGCAUUUCUUCUGAUAGGCUCUCCUUGGGCCUUUUGGAUGUUGACCUAUUUGUAUACGUGCUUCAAGGGUACUUGUUGUCCUAGAGAAAUUUCCUACCCGUACGACGUCCAUCAGAAUUAUUCAAGGCGAGGGGGUCCUAUUUAUCCAAUGCCACCUCGUCAGAAUGCCAUGAUCUCAAGCCAAGACCAAGCCACGGGUAGGCCCUUAUCCAAGGAUAAACCCCCACAGCCACAGCCACAGCCACAGCCAUCAGGUGCGACCAAUGUUGUUGGUUCAAGGCAUGUGCACUUUGGAGAGGUGGUGGUGGUAGAAAGUGACGGAAGCAAGGUUAUCCAUGAAAUGGAUUCUUGGACAAAUCCAUCCAAGUUAGUCGUAAUGGCACCACCGAAAGCUAGAUCAUCUUGA